UGAGAAAUCAACAUGGCGACGUAUAUUGCACUUUCGUCUGGAAAGAUGAAGAAGAAAAGAAAGCGUACUGUGAUUAGCAAGAAAGAUUUGGAAAAAUUGGAAGCCCUCUUUCAGCAAGAUAAAUGGCCUGAUCGCAGUAAAAAGAUGCAUCUGGCAAUGGUAAUAAGUAAAUCGGAAAACUUCAUAUCUACUUGGUUUCAAAACCGACGAGCAAAGUUUCGCCGUCUACAACACGACACAGAGACGCUUGUGAAAAAUGACGAUACUGUUAAAUUGACAUUUCAUGAUGUGAGAUUUUCAGGUAAUGAUAUAUCAAAAAGCAAUAGUGUUAUGUGUGAUAAAAAUAAGGAAAGUCAUGUUCGUUCUAAUCAAACACCUAUUGGCUUGGAAGAAAUCAAAAUGGAGUUGAAUGUUUUAAACAAGAACCAAAAGAAUGCAUUUAAAAGAGCAAGAAAGGUGAACGGAAACUGCGAAAGGGAUGAAAGGAACGGCGAAGUGGUUUUACAAGACGUAACCAAGUCUGGGAUAACUUUGUCCUGGGAAUUUGUGUUUCGACAGAUCGUGGAGAUGGCUGCUGCCUCCGAGGGGGCCAUGGCUGACGGACACCCUUCUAUUACACAGGCCGUGCGUCAUGCGGCCCUAGGGGUACCACUAAGGGACGCAAAGCUCGUGUACAGUCGCGAGUACGGGUUGGACUGUGAAGCCGCGUGAUAUACAAUAUUCAUAUUGCAUGAAAAAUGUCGGUUGUGUUGUACGAUCUGUUAUAAUAAACGUUUCUGUUUUUAGUCCAAGAUAUU